GCGCUAAGAACGACGAUGGAGAAACGAGAGCUGAUACCCCGAAUUGCCAGAUGGUGGCUACGCAUCCAAGAAUUCGAUAUUGAGAUACUGCAUCGCUCAGGUACGCGUAUGGAACACGUCGAUGCCUUAAGCCGAGCACCAUAUGAAGAUUCGCGUGAAAUGGAAGAAGCUGACCUAACGAUAUUCAAGACCGUCAUUGAUAAAGCCGAUUGGUUGUUUGCUGUACAAUUGCAGGACGAGAAAAUAAAACGAAUUGCUAGCGAAAUGAUCGCUAGGAAGAUCACUGAGAACGAUGAGUAUGUCCUGGAACUUGGUCGCUUAUAUCGCAAACAUAACAACAAGCACCUUUGGGUUGUACCCAAGCAGUUACGCUAUCGCAUUCUUGUAGAAUGUCACGACAACGCAGGACAUAUGAGCACCGACAAAACAAUCAGCCGAAUUAUAAAUCAAUUCUGGUUCCCCCGUAUGCGAAAUUAUGUUAAAGGAUACAUUAAUUCAUGCGUAGGUUGUUCCCUGUAUAAGCAACGAGGAGGUCGCCAAGAGGGUCAAUACCAUUACGAUAAUAUCAAGCCAGUACCGUUCGCUACGGUACACAUCGAUCAUCUAGGACCUUUUCCGAGAAGUUCCAAGCGUAAUGAGCAUAUCCUGGUAAUCGUUGAUGCAUAUACAAAGUUUACGAUCAUACGAGCCGUUAAAAGCACCGCAACCCGACACGUUAUUGAAAUUGUCCGAGAUGUUUGCAGCUACGUUGGAAUGCCUGAAAGAAUCGUGACCGACCGAGGAACUGCUUUUACGUCAAAAGAUUUCGAAAAAUUCUGUCGAGAACAUAAUGUCAAGCAUGUUCUUAACGCUGUUAGCACACCGCGAGCAAAUGGACAUGCCGAACGCACUAACCGCAUAAUCCUAUCAAUGCUAUUGCCUACUGUUGAGAAUGAGAAGCGCUGGGAUGAGAAACUUAACCAAAUCCAGUGGAGCAUUAACACGAUGACCAACAAGACUACUAAUCGUUCUCCAUUUCAGCUAUUAUAUUGUUAUGAGCAACGAGACACGUUGAAGAACUCCGUAGUACAAGCGUUGCAAUGUACUGAUGACCAAGUGCUGACUACCGAAGAGUUGCAACAGCUUCGUACCGAUACUGCAACACGAAUUGACGAACAUCGAGCAGAAGCUAAGAAACGUUACGAUGCCAAACACGCCAAGCCGACGGUUUACAGCGAAGGAGAUUUAGUUUUGGCCGAAAGCGAACCAGCUAGUACAGGCACCUCACGUAAGCUCGAGCCUCGUUUGGUCGAAGAUUUGCCGAAUGCCCAACGAACUCAGCGACACUAUAAAUCCGUGUAUGCGUCCGAUAAACUCAAGCCGUGGUGCCAGAUACCAUUAGAUGACACCGAUGAUGAAGACAACCCAGCAGAUAACUAUCUUAACGAUUCGUGCGAGGUCGCUACGAUAUGUCAAGAAGCCGACUAUGACAGCGUGUUCGGGAAGGGCCCAUUGUAAAAACGCGGUCUGUUUAAUACAAAUACAAACACUACUUACCUGCAAGUAAUAAUGAAUCUACAUACAUACAUAUGUAGGCGCUCGUUUGCUUUUUUGAACCGUAUCGUUUACCCCUUCUAUUCGUUAUUGGACCACAUUUGGAUAUUUACCAUCAACAGUAGGACUAGUUAUUGCGAGAGCACCAUUCGAAUCCGCUUAUCCAG